AUGUUACAUGUUCCCUUAAGCCGCCAUUUCAUUCGUCGACUUUUGUGUUCUGUGAAUUGUCGGUUCGCGGGCUAUAAGUCAUCUCUCAAUAACCCCGUUUUUCCGUUCGCGAUUUCUUUAUCUUUACAACAACGGUCUCGGCCCUUGCUCCCCUUCAACAAGAGUGAAUUUAACGAGCAAUUUAUUCUUCAUGAUGGGCCUCCGUACGCGAACGGUGAAAUUCACUUUGGACAUGCCCUUAACAAAAUUCUAAAAGAUAUAACAGUCCGUUUUGAAAAGUUACGUGGCAAAGACUGUUCUUUCAUUCCCGGCUGGGAUUGUCAUGGCCUACCGAUUGAACUUUCUGCUAUGGGCGCAAAUUUAUCCCUUCCACCUAACCAGAUUCGAUCUGCAUGGCUACAUUGUUCGAGAACCGAAACCGGUUUACUGGUCUUCCCGAACAAACUUACAUCAGCUGUUCUUCAGGACUGCGCCUAUACACAUCCCAUUCGUAGUUCUUCCGGCCCAUAUUUCCUUAGGGCUGCUGACUUUGUGGUCAAUAAGGGGACGGGUUUUGUUCAUGUGGCACCAGCCCACGGUCGCGACGAUUUUGAAUUUGCCAAGCGUCACAACCUACCCCUUAAAAACUAUGCCGAUGAAGAGGCGCGCUUUACUGAGGAUGCGGGUCAAGAGUUGGCCGGCUUAUCCGUUCAAUCAGAGGGGACUUCUGCCGUCAUAAAGCUGUUGGGCGAACACGUUCUAAGCGCUGAAAAGAUGCGGCACAGCUUUCCGUACGAAUGGCGUACAAAUAAACCCGUUAUUACACGCCUGUCGGAGCAGUGGUUUAUCGACACGGACAAGCUGUGCGAACCGGCCAAAUUUAUGAGGAGCGUAGCUGAACGCGUCUCCACUGAGGGUAGCGAGUUCUGGUGGUCAGAACCUAUAGAUAAGAUUGUGCCAAAAUCGUUCUUGGACAAGUGGUCAUUGUCUUCGCAAGAGGUUACCAAGGGCACUGACAUAUUUGAUGUAUGGUUUGAGAGUGGCCUCUCCUGGAGGGCUGUCCUACCAAAUGACCGUGCCGCCGACGUUUAUCUUGAAGGCUAUGAUCAGUUUCGGGGUUGGUUUUCGUCGUCAUUGCUUCUGAGUGUCGCCCUUACUGGUCGGGCACCUUUCAAAGAGACAAGAGAUAGUCAGACGGAAUCUGCGCCACCCGUUGUAGUACAUCUGAAGCACUUUCAGUUAACUCAGAGCGCCAAAGGCGUUUAUCAGUUUCCCAUCUAA